CUCGAUCUGGACGAUCAUUCUCGUAUUACCUUUAAAAUGUUCGCCGUCAUCGGAGCUAUAUGUGAACGGAUGACUGCCAUGGAUGCUGUUGGUCAGGCUCUUAUAGACCAGAGUGAUUUGCUCGACAUCCAGCGAAAAAUGGACCUUUAUAGUUCCAUGUUUUACUGCAACGUGAGUUCUGAGCGGGACGAUAAUUACGUCACAGUCGAGACUCUACGGAUCGAGUUGAAAGCAGGGGGUCUCAAUCGCUUCCAAGAAGACUACAUCAUCAGCAAGAUGAACCCAAGUGAAUAUAACACGGUAUCGUUCUUGGAUUACAUGGCCUACAUCCCACUCUUCCUCUCAAUGCACGAUAAUAUCAUUGAUAAUCCGUUUGACUUCGCUGAGAAAUACAACAAACCAUCAACUGAAGCCCAGAGAGAUAUGAACCCUUUAGGUUUUCCACUGAAGCGUUCAUACCAUGCACUUCAUCACAGCCUGGUAUCACGCUGCAUGACGUCACCAGCAAGGAGGACUCCCCAGCCAAGUAGGACCAGUACCAAGUUACCGAAUAUCAUUAGCAAAAUGUCAGGGUUCAAGAUCCGUCCUCAACCACCGAAAUCUGCUUCAAAAAUCCAGAAGCCCUGAUUGGGAUACCUAAUGCUUGAACAUUCUAUGCAGCGAAAAUUUUUCACAGGUUUGAUGAAAUUUAGGACUAUGCAAAAAAAAAAAGAACAAAAUAUAGAAAUUCAAGAAAGGAGAUUAUUUUUUCAUAAUCAUAAUUGUUCUUCUUCAUGCGACAAAGCGUUACAUUUACUUUGUAGGCUUGUGUAAGUCUAUGGCAUAAGGUUCAGAUAUCAGAGUAUCCUAUUGGCUAGCAGGAAUCACGUGAAGUUGAAUCUAUCAUAGUUUCAC